AUGCUAAUUGAUCCAGGGAGCAGUGUAAAUGUUAUACCAAAGGUCACUUUCGAUCGGCUAGAGAUCAAGCCGGAGGCGCUUCAAUGCACUGGAAAUUCGUUGUUGGGAUUCGAUGGAAAACGAGUAAAACCGAUCGGCACAGUAGAAUUAUUUGUCCGAGUUUCCGAAAGGGAACUUGUUGAAAGCUUUGUAGUAGUUAAAAUCCAUCCAUCGUACAAUCUGCUAAUGGGAAGAGGGUGUAUUCAUAGGGUCCAGGGAGUCACAUCGACCUUACACCAGGUAAUGCAAUGUUUGAAUCCGGAUGAAAGCAAGGUGAUUGAUAUCCAUGAGGAUCAAGUUACUGCCAAGGAAUGUUACUUGGUGACUCUGAAAGCCGCAGGGAAGGGAAAAGCUCUCAUCCGCUCUAUUGAUCAUUUAAGGCCAGACCAAACCACGAAAGUGGGCUCAGGGCUUGCAGAGGAAGAAAAGUGCCAGUUAGUUGAUAUCCUCUCCCGGAAUGCAAAUAAGCAAAGGAGGUUCGCCCCGAAGCGCAACCAGAUCAUCGCUGAUGAAGUUGAUAGAUUGCUGGAAGCUGGGUUCAUCAUAGAGGUUCAAUAUCCAUCCUGGCUGUCGAACGUGGUUGUAAUGCAAAAGAAGAAUAGAAAGUGGAAAAUUUGCAUUGACUUCACCAAUCUGAAUAAAGCCUGCCCGAAUGAUAGCUUUCCAUUUUCAAAGAUUAAUCAGAUGGUGGAUGCUAUGACUGGAUACGAACGACUGACCUUUAUGGAUGCUUAUUCAGGCUACAAUCAAAUCGCAAUGGAUCCGAACGAUGAGGAAAAGACUUCUUUUGUCAUUGAACGAGGGAUCUAUUGUUAUAAGGUCAUGCCGUUCGGUCUGAAGAAUGCCAGAGCUACAUACUAG